GCCUCUAAACCACAGACUGCUGCUCUCCAAGCAUAGCUAGUGGUAUGCCCCUUGUUCAAAAGUUACCAUGUAUCGAACUACAGAACGAUAAUGGCAAAGGGAAGGUCAGAUCCCGCGUACAAGGAAUGACGUUUGGACACAGACCUGGAUUUCAACAUCAGUAAAACGCUCAGUUCAGAUACCCGGAAAAUGCCGCGUUGCCGUCUCUGAUGUCAGGAUGAGGACCCACACCCGUGGGGCCCCCACGGUGUUCUUCAUAUGUCUGCUGUGGUCCCUGCUGGCCUCGGCGCGGGGCCAGGUGGACCCGAGCGCCGGCAUCGCGUUCCUGGGGGGGAACUAUGACGGACACCCCAUGCUGUACUUCGGCAGGGGGGAGGAGGUGGAGCUGCAGAGGGCGGCGGUGGGCACCCACCGCGUGCUGGCCGGGCGCAUCCGCGAGGCGGGCGAGACCAUGCUGGCGCAGCCCGAGGACUACCUGCCGCCCUGGAGCCCGGCCGAGUUCAGCGCCCGCUGGAACGAGGUCUACGGGAACAACCUGGGCGCCCUGUCCAUAUUCUGCGUGCUCUACCCGCACCGGGCCGGGGCCCUGGACAUGGCCAGGGACUACAUGGAGAGGAUGGCAGCUCAGCCUAGUUGGCUGGUGAAAGACGCUCCCUGGGACGAGGUUCCCCUGGCGCACUCCCUGGUGGGCUUCGCCACGGCCUACGACUUCCUGUACGAGUACCUGAGCAAGUCCCAGCAGGAGCGCUUCCUGCAGGUGAUCGGCAAUGCCUCCCGCUACAUGUACGAGAAGUCCUACAGCCGCGGCUGGGGAUUCCAGUACCUGCACAACCAUCAGCCCACCAACUGCGUGGCCCUGCUCACUGGCAGCCUCAUCCUCAUGAACCAGGGUUACCUACAGGAAGCCUACUUGUGGACCAAGCAGGUCCUGUCCGUCAUGGAGAAGUCCCUGGUUCUUCUGCAAGAUGUGACGGAUGGGUCGCUGUAUGAGGGUGUAGCCUAUGGGACUUACACCACCCGUUCCCUCUUCCAAUACAUGUUCCUGGUCCAGCGCCACUUCGCUAUUGGACACUUUGAUCACCCCUGGCUCCUGAAGCACUUUGCCUUCUUAUACAGGACAAUCCUGCCAGGGUUCCAGAGAAGUGUGGCCAUAGCAGACUCCAACUACAACUGGUUCUAUGGGCCAGAGAGCCAGCUGGUGUUCCUGGACCGCUACGUCAUGCGCAACGGCAGUGGGAACUGGCUGGCUGACCAGAUCCGACAGAACCGGGUGGUGGACGGUCCUGGCCAAGCCGGGAAGGGUCAGAGGUGGUGCACCCUGCACACAGAGUUCCUCUGGUAUAAUCCAAACCUGACCUCAACCCCUCCACCAGAUUUCGGUACAUCUCGACUACAUUAUUUUGAGGACUGGGGAGUGGUCACCUAUGGAAGUGCCUUACCAGCAGACGUCAAUCAGACAUUUCUGUCCUUCAAGUCAGGGAAGCUCGGAGGGCGUGCAAUAUACGACAUUGUACAUGGGAACAAGUACAAAGACUGGAUUAAAGGGUGGCGAAAUUUCAAUGCUGGACAUGAGCACCCUGAUCAAAACUCUUUCACCUUUGCGCCCAAUGGAGUGCCUUUCAUCACUGAAGCGCUUUACGGACCAAAGUACACCUUCCUUAACAACGUAGCCAUGUUUGCCCCGGCCGUUUCGGACAGCUGCUUUGCGCCGUGGGAGGGCCAGGUGACCGAGGCCUGCAACUCCAAGUGGCUGAAGUACAAGCACGGUCAGGCCGCCGAUGCCCAAGGCAGCGUGCUGGCCGCUAUGGAGAGGCAGGGCAUGGUGUUCAUUCGAGGGGAGGGGAAGGGCGCCUAUAACCCUGACCUUAAGAUAAAGAGCUUCCAGAGGAAUCUCAUCCUACUCCAUCCUCAGCUGCUGGUCCUGGUGGACCAAAUCUAUCUGGAAAAGGACAGCCCGGUGGUGGCCAUGAGCACCUUCUUCCACAACACUGACCUACCUUUCGAGGGAACCCAGAAAGACGGUGUGCACGGCGCAUUUGUCAGGCAUGGGGACGAUUCAUACAAAAUGUUCUGGAUGGAUGAAACGGGUUACAGCGAGAAGGGGCUUCUUGGGUACAGAAACUACCCUCGAGGGUACCCCUACAAUGGAUCGAACUAUGUAAAUAUGACUUUGCCCCUGAAACAAUCAAACACCAGAGUGGCGUACAUCUUUUUUGGUCCAGGGGUGGAUGUGCAGAGCUUCAGCAUGCGUGGGGAUGCCCAGAGAGUGGACAUAUACUUGGCCACUAAUGACCACACCUACACUAUCUACUUGCUCACGGGAGAAGUCACCAGCAAGCCUAUCUUUGCUAUGGUGCUUGCCGACCGCACGAAGGUGGUCUUUGAGAAGUCGGCAGGGGUGAGGGAAAGCCCGUUGGAAGAGGUGGAAGAGUAUGUCAAUCUGGUGGAGGACCACCUCCAGCACGCCAAGCCCGUCUUCCAGCAGCUGGAGAGGCAGAUUCUGGCACGGGUCCUGAACACCGACAGCUUCCGCAAGACUGCCGAACGCCUCCUGCAGUUCUCAGACAAAAAGAAGACGGAGGACGCCAUCGAGAAGAUGUUCUCCCUCUCCAAGAAACAGGGAAAAAGCAAGGGUUCCAAGAAAGGGGCACUAAUCGACAAGUUCCCAGACUCCCUGCCGGAUAUUUUUUCCCAGAUUGAGCUGAGUGAGAAGAAAGAGAGGCAGAGGAUCCUGAAGCGCGUGUAUGAGGAGAAUCCGGAGGAAGGGGACGGGGACUCCAGAGCCUUCAUGGACUACGGGGACCCCCGCAAAGGCAGGAAGGGCGCCUUCGUAAAAGGGCGGAAAUACAAGGAGGUUCACAUGGUGGCCACCGCCAGGAGCGAUGACCUCUCCAGCUCUGCCUCUUACAUACGGCUGUUUCUCAUUUUAAACAUCGCCACUUUCUUCGUGCUGCUGGCCCUGCUGUUGACACACUUUCAGAAAGCCCAAAGUCUGCACACACAGCGGUUUUUCUACUGCAUCCUGCUCAUUGACAGCUUCAUCCUGCUCUGCUUAUACUCCUCCUGUUCACGGGCACAGUGCUGACAUUACCGGGUGCUAACAGGACAUCAGUUUACAAACCUGCUGAACUGUUGCUGUUUGCAUUGGGUGAGAAGUGUAAUAUACACCUCAGUCUGAGCCAAUCCAACUUGGGUGACUAGGAAAAGUUAAUUCCAAAUAGGAAUUGAUAGAAUAUCAGGAUUAGCCAGACCACUGAUGAGAUGCUAAGCUUCUGUGGAGCUUUAGAAUUUAGUCUAUAUCAGUGACCUUCAGCCUGGUCCUGGCAGGCUGCAGAGUCUGCUGGGGUUUUUUUGUUACUCGGUACUUAAUUGAUUAUUGAUUGGUUAAAGCAAUCGAUUGCACAGUUAACUCACCUGUCCUGGUUUCGUGGGUCUGAAUUGGUUUCUGAUAUUCAGGUGAAAACAAAACCAGCAGACCCUGCAGGCCACCAAGACCAGGGAUGAAGAUCGCUAUUCUAUAUGAACAUCAUGUGGUUUUAUUUCCUGCCUCUUACACAAGACCUUAAAGGCUAGCCACUAAAAUGCAAAGAUGUCCUACACUAGGGGCCCCAAAACCUGGUCCUGCAGGAGACCUAUGGGAUGUGCUGGUUUUCCAUGUUCAUCAGCACUUAAUUAAUCAAUUAAAGCAAUGGAUUACAGUUAACUCACCUCGUCUUGUAUCUUGGGUCUAAAUUAGUUGCUGAUUUUACGGAGAAUACAGCAGCCAGCAUAUUAUGUCCCACUCUAGGACACGUUUUGCUGACCCCCUGCUCUAAACUAUGCACAUUGUUGAAAAAAUGACACAGUUUUUAUUGUUGUCUGGAAAACAACAAAAAUGUACAUAUGUUAAAAUGAGAUAUAUUUUUCAGGUGUUAUUUUAUACUUUUACUCUUUGUAAUUAAAAAAAAUACUUGCAGAAAUGA